AUGUCCACGACAGUCCGCACCACUCUUAUCAAGGCUGGUGAGAAGACGAAAAAGUGCCUACAGUCGGUAGUUUGGCAAACCUGCAAGUGCGUCCUCUGGGUUGUAUGCGCGCCUUGCAUAUGUUGUGCACUUUUGUUAUUGCCGCGUGGUCGAAGCACUCGCCAGAAUCAUGGUGAACCAUAUGAGCCACCAGUACCUCAGUUGCCUGCCCCUCGUCGACGCACUCUCUCGAUACCUUCGUCUACACUUCAGGAUGAGCAGAACCUCUUGGAACAGCCCCAAUCCGCCUUCAUGAAUAAGCUUCCACUGGAGAUUCGGCGAAUGAUCUACGCCCACGCCCUUGGAAAUACCAAAAUUCAUGUAGCAACCCGUGAUGGCGCACUCUUGGUCCACGGAUGUUUCUCUCGCAAGACGUGUCGGGGUGCGAAUUUCGCAUAUAAAGGUGUUCAGAAGCGUGUUGGCUUUGCGCUGCCCUUGUUGAGGACUUGCCGACUCAUCUACUCCGAGGCCAUCGAAUACCUGUACACUUCCAAUACCAUCGCUUUGUCAAAUUGCGGUCGACAGAACCCAACCAUUGACUAUCUCUCCUACUUCAUACUACCGCAUCGCUACGCACAGAUCCGCAGGAUGCACAUCUACUGGGACAUUGACAGCCCACCCUACUACUUUCUCAUCCCCAGAGAUAUGCGACUGGACUCCGAGUCCUCUCCCUGGAUCACAUCCUGGCGCGCCAUCACCAAACUCAAAGGUCUGCGACAAUUUCACGUCAUACUGGCCGCCCCUUCCAGUCCCAAUUUCUUCGUUCAUAAUCCUCACUAUUGGAAGAUGUUUGGACGGCCGCUCUUGGAGUCCAUUCCUAGGAUCGAGGCAAAGCUCUUUGUCAUCACGCUUCCGAGUCAUACGUGUGAGAGGAGGGCAAGGAUGAAGAAUCCUCAAUGCAAGUCCGAGUCGUCAAAAGCCAGUCUUGACGAGAAACAUAUCAUGGGACUUUCCUCGUCGCAUACGCCCAACCCAUGGAUCCGUGCCGUUCAUCUUGAGCUCGCAAAUCCUAUCCCACCAUUCAUCAACGUGACCCAGGAGCCCGGACCUUGGCGACUUGGCAAUCUAACGUUCUCCGAUCUGGGUCCCCGCAAUCAUCGCGUUCGACAUCAGCCUCCAUUGCUGGAGCUAGGUACGGAGCUCAUCAGCCAGCUUGAGAAAAAUGGCGCCGGAUGGAUGCACGCACACGGUGUGACCGAGGCUUGCAGCAUGGUCCAGCGAUUUGCUUACAGGAACUGUCCCGGUGCCUUUCCCACGUCACCAGAAGUCGUUGGCGCUCCCUGCCAAUUCUUCACGAUGCGCUCAUUUCUUGCUGCCUCGGUCAUUGUUGGCAUCGCAUCCUCUGCUGCCGUGCCCAGCCCUGCUCAGGGACUGAAAAGUCACGGCCAUGGACACAAGAAAUUCAAUGUCCAGGUCGGCGUGCGACCGUACUAUUUGGUCGACAACAUGGACGAUAGUCCAUUGAAAGAAAAGUUGGAGAGCUGUUCCGAGCAAGAGUUCAAAACAUCCGACUUCGUCUUUGCCCACCGCGGCGCGCCUCUCCAAUUCCCCGAACACACGCUCCAAAGCUACAAAGCCGCGCACCGUCAAGGCGCCGGUGUCAUCGAAUGCGACGUAGCCUUUACCAGCGACAAGCAAUUGGUGUGCCGACACGCUCAAUGCGACCUCCACACCACGACCAACAUCCUCAACACCACCUUGGCCUCGAAAUGCACCACGCCAUUCACACCCUACAGCAAUGGCACUGCUGCCACGGCAAAGUGCUGCACCUCUGACAUCACCCUUGCUGAAUUCGAAACCCUAUGCGGCAAAAUGGAUGCCUUCAACCCCAAUGCCACCACCGUGACCGAGUACAUGGACGGCACGCCCUACUUCCGCACCGACCUCUACGCCCAAGGCUGUCCCAAACUCAUGACCGUCGAUACCUACAUCCCCCUCGUCGACAGCUGGAACCUCAAAUUCACCCCCGAGCUCAAAACCCCCGAGGUCCCCAUGCCCUUCAACGGCUACACCCAAGCCCAAUACGCACAGGACCUCGUCGACAAAUUCCGCCACUACAACAUCGACCCCUCCCGCGUCUGGCUCCAGUCCUUCCUCCCAGCCGACAUCUUCUACUGGAUCGACCACGAACCUGCCUUUGGCGCCCAGGCCGUCUACCUCGACGACCGCGUCGACACCCCCGCCGGCUACGCAAACGCCACCGCCAGCAUCCCCGCCCUCGCCGCCCGCGGCGUCAAAAUUAUGGCCCCGGCCAUGUUCGCACUCACCAAGGUCGACGGCGCCGGCGCCAUUGUGCCAUCGGAAUACGCGCUCGCGUGCCAGAAGGCUGGGCUCGAGAUGGUGGCUUGGAGCUUUGAGCGUAGUGGCUGGUUGCAGAUUCAGGGCGGGGGUUAUUACUUCCAGUAUGUGGCUAAUGUGACGGCUAAGGAUGGGGAUAUGUAUGAGGUGCUUGAUGUGUUGGCCAAGGAUGUGGGUAUCAAGGGCAUGUUUACUGAUUGGCCGGCUACGGUGACGUAUUAUGCGAAUUGUUUUGGGUUGUGA